AUGCAGGAUACAAUGAUGAAAUAUGUGAGCGUCUAUUUCAAAUUCAAAGGGGAGAUCUCUUGUGUAACCUUGAAGACAACAGUGGGGGAUAUAAGUUUGGCAAUGCUAGAAGAAAAGUUGUAUAAAAAGCUUGCGUUGGAUGAAAGUAAGGUAAAACUGGCAUUGAAGUGCAUGCCGAUGGUGUAUGGAUCUGAAGAACAGCAAAUUAUUCGUGAUGAUGAUGAUCUGUUUGGUUUCCUAACAACUGUUGAUAAAGGCAACCGUAGAUCUCUUUUGUUAGUGGAGGAGAUGAGUAGAUCAGAUCAGUUAGAAAAGGUGUCGAGAGUGGGCAUAAGUUCGUUCGGUAUGAACUACGAAGUGUUGCAGGGAAAUGAUGAUGUUUAUGAUGAAAUCGGACCGAAGGCCAUAACUCUGCAUGUAGAAAAUGGUCAAGCAAAUCAACAGAAGGAUCCGAUAGAUGCAGAGAAUGAUUUUAUGGAUACGGACACCGCAGCGGAGACAAACACUGCAGCAGAGACAGACACUGCAGCAGAGACAGACACCGCAGCAGAGACAGACACCGCAGCUGAAACGGACACAGCAGCUGAAACGGACACAACAGCUGAGACGGACACCGCAGCAGAGACGAACACCGCAGGUGAGACGGGUAUGGCUGCAGAUAAGUAUGUUGAGCAGCCACCUAUAAAAAAAGGUAGUCAGGUUAUAGAGGCUUGGGAAGACGGUUUGGGUCUGUAUAAGCUUCAGGAGUUUCCAAGUAAGAAAGCACUUCAAGAGGUGGUCGAUAGAGUUGCAUUUGGUGAAUGCUUUCGUUAUGUUAUCAAAAAGUCGGACCAGAGACGAUUGGUGUUAAAAUGUUGUGAAGCAACCUGUAAGUGGAGUUUACGAGCUGCAAAGAUUUCAGAGACUGAAUUUUUUUCAGUUAGGAGGUACACGGGUGUGCAUACAUGCUCUCGGUCUAAUCAAAGUAAAAGCAGCAACAUCGAGAGGAAAGGCUCAGCAGAAUUAGUUGCAACUUUUCUGAAUGAGGAAUAUCCUGGCAAACUAAGUACUCAUGUUCUGAAAGAUAUCAUGGAUCUUAUAAAGUUAAAACUUGGUGUAACAAUAUCCUACUCCACAGCCUUGAGAGGGAAAAAUCUAGCUAUUUCUGAGUUGCGUGGUGGUUCGGAAGAGAGCUACAAGAUGCUAUAUAGCUACUUGUAUAUGUUAGAGCAGGUCAAUCCGGGAACAAAAACAGGGGUGAAGUUGGAUGAGGCAAAUAAGUUCAAGUACCUCUUCGUAGCUCUGGGAGCUUGUAUUGAAGGUUUUGCAGCCAUGAGGAAGGUGAUAGUUGUCGAUGCCACAUUUCUGAAGAAUGGAUAUGGUGGUGUACUAGUAUUUGCUAAAGCUCAAGAUCCUAAUCGUCACCAUUAUCCGCUUGCGUUUGGUGUACUCAACGGUGAGAAUAAUGCUAGUUGGACAUGGUUUUUCGAGAUGCUCAAAACUGCUAUACCAGACUCUUCUGAAUUAGUAUUUAUGAGUGAUAGAAACCAGAGCCUAAUCGCGGCUGUAGCUAAUGUGUUUCUACAAUCUCACCAUGGCCAUUGUAUAUGGCAUUUGUCUCAGAAUGUGAGAGGGCAUGCUUGUAACACAACCAAAACCGUAGUCGCAUGGAGAUUUAUGGAGUUGGCUAGGUGUUACACGGUGGCUGAGUUCGAGUCUUCUUACGCAUCUUUUAAGGUGAGAUUUCCUCCAGCGUACAAGUAUUUGGAGGAGCAUACAGAUAAACGCACAUGGGCUCGGGUUUAUUUCCAGUUUUCAGACUGGUUCAAUGAACAUCGGAAGGACUCUGUGGCUGGGUCGAUUGAUACCAAAAUGGUUCCUCUUGUCGAGAUUCACUUGCAUAACCUAUGGAGCACAACUGAGAAAACACCAGUGCGUGAGCUUAAUAGUAAUGAGCUUGAGUACGAGGUAACCGACACUGAAAAUGGGAAGAAUUAUGUUGUGAACUUGAUAGAGAAGAGCUGUAGCUGCAAGGUGUAUGAUUAUGAAAAGUAUCCUUGUCUGCACGGACUUGCUGCUUACUUAUAUUUCCUUGAGGUUGAAGCUGCUCCUGGUCGUCGACGUGAUGUCAAGAUAGAGUAUCAUGAGUUGUGCUCGAAAUAUUACUGGACGGAACUUUGGGCAUUGGCGUAUUACAAGACCAUUUAUUCUGUGCCGGACAGGUGUGAUUGGAAUGUACCAGAUCACAUCAAAGAGCUUCAGAUCAUACCUCCGGAUCGCCUCAAGAGGAAGGGAAGAAAAAAGAAUAAGAGGAAUCCAUCUGUUGGUGAACGACGUAAAAGGACACAAAACAUAAGGCGACCAAGGCAAAAUUUCGGUUUCAGUUGGCUGUUGUUUGGAAUGCGGCGUAGUAAUCCCAGUGAAUCAAACUAG